AUGUCGUAUCAGCAUGACAGCAUGGAGACUCCAUAUUAUACGGAGAAUAAUAACGUCGAGAUGAAUAGUUCAAGGGUUGUGUUGACAAGGGCAGCUUCAGCCAAAUAUGAGAGUAAUAUCUCUCUCCCUGCCUCCGACAAGGCCGACGGCCAUCAGGUGCGUGAGCGGUAUCAGCGAGAUGCUGAAUCCUAA